AUGCUAAUGCUAAACAAAACAGACCUGACCCCAGCCUCAUUCAUUCUUAAUGGAGUUCCAGGACUGGAGGACAUGCAUCUAUGGAUUUCUUUCCCAUUUUGCACCAUGUAUGCUGUGGCUAUGGUAGGCAAUUGCGGACUUCUCUACCUCAUCAGCUAUGAGGACUCACUGCAUAGGUCCAUGUACUACUUCUUGGCUAUGCUUUCCCUUACUGACCUUGUCAUGUGCACUACUACAAUACCCAAAGCCCUCUGCAUCUUCUGGUUCCAUCUUAAGGAAAUCAGCUUUGAUGAAUGCCUGGUCCAGAUGUUCUUCAUCUAUACCUCAACAGGGAUGGAAUCUGGAGUGCUCAUGCUUAUGGCCCUGGAUCGUUACGUGGCCAUCUGCUACCCUCUGCAUUACUCAACUAUCCUCACCAAUCUUGUUAUUGCAAAGCUUGGGCUUGCCACUUUUCUGAGAGUGGUAUUUCUCAUCAUUCCCUUGAUUUUCAUCAUCAGGCAACUGCCCUAUUGCAGAGACAAUAUAAUACACCAUACCUACUGUGACCACAUGUCUGUAGCUAAGUUAUCCUGUGGAAAUAUCAACGUUAAUGUUAUCUACGGUCUGGUGAUUGCCCUUCUGAUUGGAGGCUUUGACAUUCUGUGCAUCACAAUCUCCUACACCAUGAUCCUCCGGGCAGUGGUCAGCCUCUCCUCAGCAGAUGCUCAGCAGAAGGCCUUCAGCACCUGCACUGCCCACAUCUGUGCCAUUAUUUUCUCUUACAGUCCAGCUUUCUUUUGUAUCUUUUCCCACCGCUUUGGGGGUCACAUGAUUCCUCCAUCUUGCCACAUCAUUGUGGCCAAUAUUUAUCUGCUCUUGCCUCCCACCAUGAACCCUAUUGUCUACGGGGUGAAAACCAAGCAGAUACGAGAUUGUGUCAUAAGGAUCCUUUCAGGUUCUAAGAACAUCAAAUCCCACAGCAUAUGA